UAACGCCCUUUUUCCCAUCCGCCACCCGCCAAUCAUCUCGUCUCAUUGCUUUUUGACCCUUCCAGAUCAACCCCUGGGCUUAGUCAUUCACCGAAACAGCGAAAAAUCACGCUGUCGCUUGCUGACCGCCCCGAAGACCUAUUUAAGAAUACGCCUCCUUCGCCCCUGCUUCUUGACUUGCUCUCUUUUUCUUCCCUUUUACUACUACUCAAUCCAGCCAGCGACGCGCCACAUCUGCCAUCAGCUCCGCGGGUCGUUUUCAUCAACUUUUCAUCUAUUUUCUUAUCAUCUUAUCUUUGAAUUUUUUAUUACAAUAUGACUGGACGCGGCAAAGGAGGCAAGGGUCUCGGCAAGGGUGGCGCCAAGCGUCACCGUAAGAUCUUGCGUGACAACAUCCAGGGUAUUACCAAGCCCGCUAUCCGACGUCUCGCCCGUCGUGGUGGUGUCAAGCGUAUCUCCGCCAUGAUCUACGAGGAGACCCGUGGUGUCCUCAAGUCCUUCCUCGAGUCGGUCAUCCGUGAUGCCGUCACCUACACCGAACACGCCAAGCGCAAGACCGUCACCUCGCUCGAUGUAGUCUACGCCCUCAAGCGCCAGGGCCGUACCCUCUACGGUUUCGGUGGCUAAACGUUUACGCUUUGCUAUUCGUCAUCACAUCGAGUCCCGAGUCCCUGCUCCGAUUCACUUGGCUUUCUCCGACCGCUGCUGUGUCUGGUCGAGUGCUUGGUAACGGUUGAUUGGGGGAAAGCCCGGAGACUUGUAUAUUGACUUCCAUGCGUUUAUGCUGUAAUGCUUUUCUGGAUCUUUUGAGGUUUAUCUAUGGGGUUUCAAUGGGGUUUGGAAUGGGCUAGUUUGAUCUUGACAAUCUUCUGCUGGUUUUAUCAUAUGGGCUUGGAGGAUUGGGCUGGUUUGGAUCUUUUUCUAACUGCAGUGAAUUGUGGAUUCCUCGCUUCUUG